CAGAGGAGAAGGGGCCGGCCACGUGGGAGUGAUCUCAGUACCAUCUGUGACACCAGCCCCAUGAAGCGCUCGGCCUCCGUGCUGGGCCCCAAGGCGUCCCGGCGCCUGGACGACUACUCCCUGGAGCGCGUCCCACCCGAGGAGAACCAGCGACACCACCCGCGGCGUCGCGAGCGCGCGCAUCGCACCUCCGAGCGCUCCCUGGGCCGCUACACCGACGUGGACACAGGCUUGGGCACGGACCUCAGCAUGACCACCCAGUCCGGGGACCUGCCGUCCAGAGAGCGAGAGCAGGAGCGCGGCCGGCCCAAGGACCGGAAGCACCGGCCGCAUCACCACCACCACCACCACCACCACCCCGGCCCGGCGGCCGCCGACAAGGAACGCUACGGCCCGCAGGACCGGCCCGACCAUGGCCACGGCCGCGCCCGCGCCCGGGACCAGCGCUGGUCCCGCUCGCCCAGCGAGGGCCGGGAGCACACCACGCACCGGCAGUAGUUCAGUAAGUGGAAGCCCCGUCCCUUCUACGUCCGGUACCAGCACUCCGCAGCGGGGACGCCGCCAGCUCCCCCAGACCCCCUGCACCCCCCGGCCACUCGUGUCCUACUCCCCCGUGGUCCGCAAGGUCGGAGGCGUGGGUCCCCCGCAGCAGCAGCAGGCGGUGGCCAGGCCGGGCCGGGCGGCUCCCGGCGGCCCUCGGAGGUACCCGGGCCCCGCGGCUGAGCCCCCGCCCGCUGGGGGCCACGGCGCCGGCCGCUCGCCGGCCUUGGAGCGGCGGGGCCCGGGCGCGGCCCGGGACGAGUCUCCCCGGGCGUGUCGGCACGGCGGCGGCGGCGGGGCCCGGUGGCCCGCGUCCGGCCCGCACGCGCACCCGCACUCGCACACGCACGCGCACGCGCACCCGCACGGCUACUACCGGAGCUCCGACUACGACGAGCCCGAAGGCCCCGGCCGCGGCAGCGGAGGCGGCCUCGGCGACGACGAGGAGGUGGCGGCCGGGCCCUACGCCGCGCCCCCGGGCCCCGCGAGCCGCUCGCCCAGGACUCCCCGGGCCGCGGGCCCAGCGUGUGCCUCGCCCGCGCGGCACGGCCGGCGGGUCCCCAACGGCUACUACCCGGUCCACGGACUGGCCAGGCCCCGCGGGCCCGGCUCCCGCAAAAGCCUGCACGAAGUGUACAGCGAGAGCGACGAGGAUUGGUGCUAAGCCCCCCACCCCCACCCCCGGGCGAGCUGGCCCCGCGCGCGCACCCCGCGCGCACCCCGCGCCCAGGCCCAGGAGACUCCCGGAGUCGCCGAGGGGGCCGGCGCUGGACCGCGAGCGCAGGGAAGGGGGGAGGGGGUCCCCGAGCCAGCGCCCCCUCCCCCUAACCCCCCCGCAAAGGGGUUGGGGUGUCGCGUGCGGAUCAGGGCCGGGGAUCCCGCAGACAAAAGACAAACCACGCAGCCAAGAGAUCUGGAAUCCACGCAACCAUUUCUGGACAACUGUGGGGACACCGGCACCGCACACGCACGCACACACACACACACACACACGCACACACGAUCACAUUUUUAAAAGAAAACGGGGAGACCGCGAUCAUUUCUAUUGAUGAGUUUUAUCAUCUGAACUGAAGCUUUCCUCUUCCGGCUGAGGGCUGCCGAGCGCGGCCGCUAGGGGCGCACGCGAGCGCUCGCCGGUGAUUUUCCAAACCCGCUGGGGGGCCUCGGGCGCGGACUCGGCCGCUAGGGGCGCACGCGAGCACUCUCCGGUGACCUUCAAGACCUGCUGGGGGCCUCGGGCGCGGACUCGGCCGCUAGGGGCGCACGCGAGCUCUCGCCGGUGAUCUCCCAGACCCCACUAUUACUGCCUGCAGGAAUCAGCUUUAAAAAAAAUAACAAUAAUAAUAAUAACAAGAAACUAUUUUAAAAAGGACAAAAAAAAAAUCAAGGAUCGAGGAAAAAGCAUUCUUUUCUGACAUUUGAUCUUGCUUGAAAUAACAAAAGAAGAAAAAAUACCAACACAAAACCACCACCACCUCCACCUCCGAUUCCUUUGCUUCUAUUUUUUUGGAUAUUUUUUCUCUUUUUUUUUUUUCUUUUUUUCUUUUCUUUUUUUCUUUCCUACCUUGUUUGAAAGCUGUGGGCUUGGGACUGUGAAUUAUUGCAUGACAACAAAACAACGACAAAACACACAAAAAAAAUAAAAACGAAGCGAAAAAACAGUUGAAUUC